CUCUAUCUCAAAUUGGACUGGGUUUACACCAGUCAUGUCUCUCACGGAAGAAACAAUGUUUCUUCUGGUUGCCGUUUGUUCUUUAAUGUCAGCCCCUGUACUAACAGGGCCCAUCGCAGACUCCUCGUAUGUUGCUGCUGUGUACGAGCACAAGGUAAUCGUCCAUCGGGUCUCUAAUGCGUCCCGGGCCGAAGCCUUGCAGCACAUUCAGAAGAACCUGGAUAUCUACGAACAGCAGGCUGCAGAGGCCGCAAAGCAGGGUGCCCAGAUCCUGGUGUUUCCAGAAUAUGGUCUGAGUGGUUUCUACCUCGACCGUUCGUCCGUCUCUAGCUACCUAGAAACCAUUCCUGACCCUCAGCAGGAGAACUGGAACCCCUGCUUGGAGCCAGGCAAAUACAGCAACACCGAGGUUCUCCAGCGGUUGAGCUGUAUGGCCCGCAGCAACAACCUCUACCUGGUGGCCAACAUGGGUGACAUGCAGCCCUGUCCCCUGAAGACCGAUCCCACCUCCUCCUGUCCUCCCGAUGGACGCUGGAAGUUCAACACCAACGUGGUUUUCAAGUCAGACGGCCAGCUGCUGGCGCGCUACCAUAAAUACAACCUCUACAUGGAGCCGUACUUUGACGUUCCACCUCAACCUGAGAUCAUAACGUUUGAUACACCUUUUGCUGGAAAGUUUGGCACAAUGAUCUGCUUUGACAUGUUGUUCCACAAGCCCACAGGCAUCCUGCUGGACAAGGGUGUGCGUCAGCUGGUCUACCCCACAGCCUGGGUAAAUUUCCCCCCUGUACUGGACUCAGUCCAGUUCCACCGGGGAUUCAGCUUGGGUGCCAAUGUCACCGUCCUUUCGUCCAACCUUCGUUUUGACAAAGAACACAUAGGAGGAAGUGGUAUCUACACCCCUUUUUCUUCCACCUACCACCACGCCACGGAAGGAGACCCAGAGGAGGGCAAGCUCGUGGUGGCCAGGGUGCCAGUCUUAGACCCAAUGUGGAGGGGGGAGAGCACGGCCACAGAGGAGUCCACAUCACCUACAGCUGCAACUUCUGGAGCCUGUCAGCAUACUCCCGACCCUAAUCCUGAAAUUGCUUCUUCAGUCCCUCCCUCCUCCGACACCUUCAUCGUAUCCUUGAUUGAAGACCCUUAUACAUUUGUCCUCUUGAACAAGACAGAGGACGACUUGAAGGUCUGCAAUGGCACCUUUUGCUGUCACCUGCAGUACAAGAGGUCACCACAAGCAGGCAGCGAAGAGCUCUAUGCAUUGGCAGCAUUUUCUGGAACACAUACUAUUGUCAGAACCUUAAACCUACAGGUGUGCGCUCUGGUCCGCUGUGCAGGAUCUGACUUCACUUCCUGUGGACAGCCAGUGGUAAAGGCUGAGUCUAAGAUCGACUUCACAUUGGAGGGGAAGUUUGCAUCUAAACGUGUGUACCCGUCAGUUAUGGCCAGCAAGAACGUCAUGGAGGAGCCACAGAAUCUGGAAAUGGCUGCAGAUGGCAGAGUGACCAUGAAACACUCAAACAUGAGCGGUGGGCUGAUCAGUGCCAGCCUGUUGGGACGACCCUAUCAGAUGGACGAGGAAUGCACUGGGGAAUAGUUGUGUGUGUGUGUGUGUGUGUGUGUGUGUGUGUGAGAGAGAGAGAUUUAGCUGUUACACAUGUGUAUGCUGUCACACAAAACUGCAAUAAAUCAAAAAGCAAA